ACCUAGCAGCAAGUCCUCACGAUCAGAUCGUAUAUACAAGUCAGACAACAGGUCAAGUGAAUGUUCUCUGGACGGCGGUGAGAGGCACCAACCCACCUAUAAAACGCACGGAGCUUUUCCCACCCUCGUCUAGUCUACUGAGGAGCUACGACAACAUGCACGUGCCGGCCGUGUUAGCGGUGGCGUUGUUAGCGGCAGCGGCAGCCGUGGCCGACCCAGGCAAGGGCUUUGGCGGUGGCGGCGGCGGCUAUGGCGGCGGCGGCGGCUUCGGCGGCAAGAAAGGAGGUGGUGGUGGCGGCUACAAGUACGAGUAUGUCUACGUGCCCAUCACUGUCCCGGUCCACUACGUAAACACUGUCAAAUACGUACCAGGAGGAGGUGGAUACGGAGGAGGUGGAUACGGAGGAGGUGGAUACGGAGGAGGUGGAUUUGGUGGAGGUGGCUUCGGAGGAGGUGGAUUUGGUGGAGGUGGCUUUGGAGGCGGUGGAUAUGGAGGAGGUGGCAUUGGAGGCGGUGGAUUUGGUGGAGGUGGCUUUGGAGGAGGUGGAUAUGGAGGGGGUGGCUUCGGAGGAGGUGGCUUUGGAGGAGGUGGAUAUGGAGGGGGUGGCUUCGGAGGAGGUGGCUUUGGAGGUGGUGGACUUGGAGGAGGAGGUGGAUUUAAAGGAGGAAAUAUAGGUGGGUUUGGAGGUGGUGGAUUUGGAGGAGGAUACGGAGGUGGAGGUGGAGGAAUUAUUGGUGGUGGACCCGAUGACAUUUUUAUCGACGAAGGAGUAGGUGGUGGAUUAGGAAAAGGAGGCGGAGGAUUUGUCGAUGGUGGAUUCGGCGGUGGUGGAUUAGGAAAAGGAGGCGGAGGAUUUGUCGAUGGUGGAUUCGGCGGUGGAGGAUACGGCGGAGGUGGUGGAUUUGUUGGAGGCAAAGGAGGUGGAAUCAUCGAUGGUGGAAUAAUUGACGGUGGAUUCGUCGGAGGUAAAGGAGGCGGUGGAUUUGUUGACGGUGGAUUCGGGGGAGUCAAAGGAGGCGGUGGAAUCAUCGAUGGUGGAUUCGUGGACGUCAAAGGAGGCGGAGGAUUCGGCGGCGGCGGAGGAUACGGCGGCGGCGGAGGAUUCGGCGGCGGCGGAGGAGGACUCAUCGGUAAAGGUCACGGAGGUAAGUCCAGGUCAUUUAAGAUAGAUAUUGUUUGCAUCGUGUAAGUCGUGGAUUGUGUUGACACCUGGUUCCCAUGUUAAUUUAUUCCCCAUACCUCUACUACAUAACCCAUGAUGCCCCAUCACUACACACUAUUUCUAACACCCCUCUAACCUCUAACCCCCCCUCCUUCCCCUCACAUUUAUCACCCCACAAUCACCCAUUCUUACCUCUAUGUACUAUAACUCUUCUAUUAUAUAACCCACAAGAGUCGGCUAAAAGUCUCACGAAAUCGUAAUGAUACGAUUGCAACAAACCAUAUCACGACGGUCUGGAGUUUUGAGACUCUCUGAUCGCGGGUUCUAAGCCCGCCCGUGGUAUGGUUUAGUCGGCUAAAACCCAGGUACCUAGUUACUGCUAGGUAAACUGGGGCACCAGGUGUGAAGACUCCCACUCGUACCAGGAUCAAACCCGAGUACUUUGUUUACGUGCUCCAACUCUGGUCAUCUUGCACAAGCGACAGUAAUAACAUACAUUAUGGCUGGGUCUCCCGAGUCGGAGUGACUAGUCAUUGGAGAUACUAUACGCUGUUUUUUUCACUCACACACACACGCCAGGAGCUGAGUCUCGACCCUUGCAACCACAAUUAGGUGAGUACACACAUACACACACACACACACACACACACACACACAUACUCUCUCUCGGGAGUAAGGAGACCAAAAACAGAGUUUGAUUCACUUUCUCUUCUCUCUAUUGACCCUUACAGAGUGGAGAGUGUGCGUCUUGUUGCUGGUCAGUGACUCUUGAUCCGAGGAAAUGGGUCCAGCAUGAUAGCUUUCCCUUUUGCCAACACUGUACGACUCAACCAGAUUUAGCGUUUCCCUAUGAAUAUUUAAUAACUGUACUCACUGACAUCAUUCUCCACAUCGUUCAUUAAGGUGUACAUAAGAACAUAAAGAAGGAACAUUGCAACAGGCCUACUGGCCCAAGCGGAGCAGGUCCAUGUUUCCCCCCCCGGAUUAGAUCAAUGACCCACCCCCCGGAUUAUCCCAAUGACCCACCCAGCCUGGUCAUUUCCACUCGAGGAUGGAGCACUGCACCAGACCCAGCAGGACAAGCUAGUCAGGUCAACUCACACCCACCCACACCCACUCAUGUAUUUAUCUAACCUAUUUUUAAAACUGCACAACGUUUUAGCCUGAAUAACUGUACUCGGGAGUUUGUUCCACUCAUCCACAACUCUGUUACCAAACCAGUGCUUUCCUAUAUCCUUCCUGAAUCUGAAUUUUUCCAACUUGAAACCAUUGCUGCGAGUCCUGUCAUGGCUGGAAAUUUUCAGCACGCUAUUUACAUCCCCUUUAUUUAUUCCUGUUUUCCAUUUAUACACCUCGAUCAUAUCCCCCCUAAUUCUACGCCUUUCGAGAGAGUGCAGAUUCAAGGCCCUCAGUUUAUCCUCAUAGGGAAGAUUUCUGAUACAUGGGAUCAUCUUUGUCAUCCUCCUUUGUACGUUUUCCAGAGCAUUUAUAUCCAUUCUGUAAUACGGUGACCAGAACUAAGCAGCAGUCUAAAUGAGGCCCUAACCAAGGAUAUAUAGAGUUGAAGAAUAACCUGAGGACUUCUAUUAUUUAUACUUCUAGAUAUGAAGCCAAGAAUUCUGUUAGCUUUAUUGCGAACACUAAUGCACUGUUGUCUUGGUUUUAGGUUACUGCUAACCAGAACUCCUAAAUCCUUUUCACAAUCUGUAGUAUUAAAAUCUACAUUAUUUAGUUUAUAUGUGGCAUGGUUAUUUAACUGUCCAACAUUUAGAACUUUGCACUAGGCAGACCAAACAUAACUGUAUCUCCUCUAAUAACAUGCGCGUCUUUCUAUCCACCAGUACAUG